AUGAAACAAUUAAGCUCAAUUUUUAAAAAAGAAAAAACAAAUCCACCGGCAAUAUCACGACGAACUCAAUUGAAACCAGAUGAAGUUUGGCAAAAUCAAACUCCAACAUCUUUACAUGAACAAUCAAAAACGUGCCGUUCAUUGGUACCUUCAUCAACAUCUAAUGACCUUCAAGCAACACUUGAUGGGAUUGUUGAUUAA